AUGAGUCCUGGAUCGGUGGAAACGGUAACGGAGAAGGUGUAAGUUUAUUUUUUGCUUUGUUUUUGUAUUUAGAAAAAAAGGUAUGAUGAAAAACGCCUGAAAUUUGAUGAUAAUCUGGAAACAUAGUCGAAAAUGAAGAGUUUUUGAUUAGUUUGUUAAAUUUAAAGCUUCUGUAAUAUGACAUAGGAUGUUAUCUAUCUAAAGAAACUAAUUUUAUCUAGUUUUUGUUAUCUAGAAAACUGUUAAAUUCAUUUAUAUCAGUAACAUCAUCAAGAAAAAUUCCAAAAUUUUUGGUUUUUUAAAGAAAAAGUUUAAUUUUUUGCAUUUUUGAAUUAAAUUUGCAAUUUUUAAAGCUUCUCCAGUACGUAAAAUGAAUUAAACAAAUCUUUCAGAUCUCUUUUAUCCAAUGGAACACAACGUUCAUUCACAGUCGGCCGGAACGUUGUUCUGCACGCUGCAGAAGACGAGAAACGCGACCGUGAUUCGGAUAAAUCUCAUUCCAAAGUCCUGUGCGAGUACAAAUGGGACCCGAAGACCGUGUACGAUGGUCGGAUCCUGAGUGCACGCCAACGGCUAGUAGCCUACAGAUUGUUCAACGAACAAACGGGUGAAGCGAUUCGGGUGAUGGAGCGAGAGUCGCGUGCCAGACACUUGAUCAAAGACUUCAAACAGCCAAUUGUGGAUAUUCAGUUCGCGGACGAGGGUGGGCAGCUGGCUGUGCUGGAUAAGAAUGCCAAUUUGUAUAUCUAUCAUGUUUCGGAGGAUGGCAGUGAAUUGUAGGUUCAUAUUGUUAUUGUUUUGGGGUUUUAGGUAGUUUUGGAGGUUCAAAAGGGGGCUUAUGAUCUACAUGAUGAUGCUGAGACCUUAAUUUAUCGUAUAGUAACUAAAACUUGACUUUUUUCAAAAUUUAUAUUACUUUUGCGUUCAAAAACUUUCUUUUGUUACCUAAAAUAAUAUUUUACGUUUCUUUUCUAAAAUUGCCCUCACUAAAACAAUAUCCUUCCAGAACCAAGCAUCUAAACAUAAUCCGCCCUAACAACUACGAAGCCCGCAACCCCAAGCUGGUCUGGUGCCCGUUCAUGGAGGACGAGUCGGCCAACACCAGCAUCCUGGCCGUCUACUACGACCGAACGGUGGAAAUCUUCUUUCUCCACACCAUAAAGAACGAUUUUAACGUGCUGGAGGUGCAGCUGAGCGAGUUCAGCGUCAAUUCCGAGCAUUUCGUUCAAAUUCAAACCGAAACCGACAUAUCAGCCGUCAAGAUAUCGCCGGACGCUACGGCGUGCGCGGUUACCACGGUAUCUGGCGAGUUCAUUUUUUACAUUUUGGAGAAUUUCCAAGGACGAGAAGCUCAUAAUCUACAUCCUUUGAAGGUAAGGAGAGAGUUAUGGAUAUCAUUUCAUAUCAGGCCUUAAAAAUAAAUUUUAACCUACUACAACAUGAUUUUUAAACUAAAAACAUCAUUUUGCCCCUUUUUUGUCUAAAACAAUAUAAUUUUUGUGGUAAAACAGCUCAUUUCAAGCCCAAAGACGCGAUUUAAAACCUAUAACAAUAUCAUUCUAACCUUAAAACUCAAUUUCUCACCCAAUACAUCAUGCUUCUAACCUAAAACAACAUUCUUAUUUCCCAAAACACAACUUUAAACCAAAAACAUCAUUUCCAACUUUCAAACGCCUCAUUUUCAGAAUCUCUACGUGAAUGACAUGCUGUUCCUGGAUAACCUUAACAAAACCGAAGACAACUGUGACGGUCCCUACUGGAAAUACGUGGUACUGAUAAGUGAUAACGGCCGCCGCUUGGGCAUCUAUUCAUGUUACAAUUGGGAAUGUGUGGGAAAACUGAGAUUCGAAUCAGGGACAUCGAAACUAGAUGCCAUAUUGGAUAAAACUGCCAGAUUUGUAUACUUGGCCGAUUAUGAAAAUUCGGUAAGGGGGGUUUAAAAAUCUCUUUUGUUCAAAAAAAUCGGUUUAAAAUGCCUAAAGUUAUGUCUUUUUAACCUAAAACUUGAAAGAAAGUUUUCAAAAUUUAAAAUUGUGCCAUUUCAGAACCUAUUCGUCCUAGAACUAGCCCCAGCCUUCCCAGGAAUCCAGCCUUACUUCGUGGCCUGCUCACAAAUCUCAUUCCAUCAACAACUAAUCUGCGUUGCGCCCUGUAGUCUAGAAGACGAUAUUAACACUGAUACAGGUAAGGCUUGUCUCUCUCAUUGGAGAAUAAGAGUUGAAGUGAGGUCAGGGUUGGACACAGGGCAAGAAUCAGACCUCAAAUGCCCUGUAAGGGGCAAGGCAAGUCAAUUGUCAAUGGUUUGCCCUGUGUCCAAACAUGACUGACUGAAGUUUCAAUAUGAUUUUACAUUAGUUUUUAAAAAAUAUUGCCUUAAGCUCGAUUCUUAAUUGAAAAAAAUGACUUUCUAAUGAGUCUCUACUUCGAAAAUUGGAAAAGCCAAAAAAAUAUUUUCACGUCCCCGGUUAAAAUUUAGAUUAGAAAAUUACCCCGCUCUGCCAAUGCCUUCAGUUUUCAUUUUUGCCAUCACUUUUUUAGCUCAAAUACAUCCGGGUCCCCCAUAGCUAAUUCCAUCAGGGACGUCGUUUGGGGGGGAGCUACCUGUGGACCAAAAAAAUUUUUUUGGGCCUCCCCCCACAGAGAAAAAACCGUUGCGACGUCCCUGAAUUCCAUAAUGCCGAUUUCCUAAAAAUUAUUUGUAUUUGAAUCUCAACUACAGCUCCCUACCUUAAUCUCCUUAAUUUUAUCCAUACUUCCAAGUUUUUGCGGUAAAAAUCCCAAAUAAUGAAUAUUAUGUUACAUAAUCAAAAACCAGCGUCCGAUCAAGGAAAAAACGCGCGGGAACCAAAGGCCAAUAUGAAUAAUGCUUUUACUAUCAAAGUCAAUGUUUUGCCAAAAAAUUUGCGACAAAUUUCUCCACCCAACUAACUGAGAUCAAUUGAACUGAACGGGAAAUGAUUUAUCUGUCUUUGAAAGCGAUUUUACAAAACAAUUUCACGGUUUUUAAUGGUUUGCGGGGGAAAUUUUUUAAAAUAUUUUGGUUUUUUGAGGGUUUUUGGCUGAUUUGCUGCUAUUUUUGGCCUAUUUUCUACCAUUUUUAGCCGAGUUUUUAAUACUUUUGACCGAUUUUCUAAUAUUUUUGGCAAAUUUAUAGCUAAAUUUAGCUUUUAAAACAGAUUUCCAAAGGCUUUUCUUAUCUCUAGGCGGCUUAAAUCAAUUCUAGUCAUUUUUAGAGUUAUUAAAGUUGAUUUUUUGGCUUUUUGAUCACUUUUUUUGCUUAAUCCAAGCCUCAUAAUUACUUUUCUAAGACCUUACACUUGACAUUCUUGAUGUGAGAAGUGAUUUAUAAGAUCAUAACGACCCUCUUUUUGGCAUAUACGGCCUUAUAAGGCAAAAACCUGACCUCUUUUUGCCUAAUUUAAACCUAAAAAGUACUUUUUAAGACCUUAUACUUGACUUUCUUAAUGUGAAAAUCGUUAUAACAUUAUACCCUUGCUUUGCUAAAGACCAUAAGCUUGUCUUUCUAAACCUGAACUACUUAAAACAUCGUAACAUUGACUUAUACUACCAUAACCUUACCUUUCUAAACCUAAAAUACGACUUCAAUCUAACACCCAUUCAUUUCCAGACGAUCUUCUCCUGGACGACGAGAGUUUCAAAGCCUCGAAGGUGUGCGUUACCUUCGCCGCCAUCACCAACCGCUCCCUGGUCGAGAUCAAGGUAGAAGUGGAGAAGGCGCUCGACAUUGCACUAGACGAAGACCCAGAAACCGGAGCCAAAAUCAUUGGGGAAAAGCUGGCGGAACAAACCAAACAACUCAUGAUCUCAUCCCAACGCCUUCGCACCUCAUCCGCCGCCUCGAACGAAAUCCGAAGCCCCAAGGACGACAUGCUACCCUCAUUCAACAGCAGCUCUAGUACUGAUCCCUCAGUACACACCGAACUCAGGCAAUUAAGAAAGCUGCUACAGAAUAUCACAGAGAAGUCGACAGCGACGGAAAAGAGGCUGAAUGAGAUGAAUAUUCAAUUGGAAAAGAUCCACAAAGAUAACACUGAUUUGAGGAGGGAACAGACCGACAACUUGGCUGAUGUUCUCGAGAAAAUUUGUAAGUUUAAUGGUGGUUUUGAAGGGUGAAGGAUAUAUUAAGGGUUAUCUACUACAAUAUAGAAGAAAUAUAAUUUUUCACAUCUACAGCUCCUCUCUUUACUAUAAAUUAUACUAUUAAGAUUUAAAGUAUUAGUAGCUAUAAGAUUUAGGAUCCAUACAGGAUUCUGAAUUUUUUUUCCUAUAAGGGUCUGAAUCGCUAUACCUAUGAGAUUCAGAAUACCAAGAGCUAUAAUAUUCAGACUUCUUAGGCUUAUAAGAUUCAGAACUCCUAUACCUAUUUUUUAGAUAAGAUUCAGAAUACGAAUUCUUAUAGGAUUCUGUCUUCCUAUGCCUAUAAGAUUCAGAUUUCCAUUACAAAUUCGAAAUCCCUGUAGCUAUAAGAUUUAGAAUCCCUGUAAGAUUGAGAAUCCGUAUGCUUAUAGGAUUUAAACUUCCUAUAGCUAUAAGAUUUAGGACAUCUAUACCCACAAGGUUAAGAAUUCCGAUACUGACAAACACAGAACCUUCACAUAAUAACCCAUUUUUUCAGCGAAUGAAAUGCGAAACCGCGACGAGCAUAUCGAACAAACCGUGAAACGCAUGAACACCGACCUUCGAGUCGACGUUCAACGCAUCGUCGAACAAACCCUCAACGACAACGCCGUUUCCCUUCAAUCUACAAUGGAAAUGUCCAACUCGAGAGUGGUGGAGACGGUCAAAUCCGUACUAUCUCAACUACUAGUACCAGCAGUAGAGCAAAUAUGUAAUCAACUACUACAUCAACUGAACGAAAAGUUCCGUGAUGGUCUACAAGAGUUCAUAGAGCAAAUGAAGGUGACACAAUCACAUUGUCCUACGCCGAUGAUACCUGACUACAAUGUGUUGACGAGAAUGAUUGAACAGAAUCAGGUUAUCAAGGCUUUUGAGUUUGUAAGUUUUUAAAUUGAAAAUUAGGGUUAAGGUUAAAAAACGUAGGCUUAAAUAUAAAAAAAUUAAGGCCAAGUUGAGAAACUAAGCGAAAAAUUCUAAAAUUAGGCCUAGCGGUUUGAAAAAUAGGCCUAAAACACUUAAAAUUAAGCCUAAAUUAUUAUAUGUUAGCCCUAAAGUAAAAAGUUAGACCUAAAGGGCUACAAAAUAAGCCCAAAGGGAUCAAAAAAUUUUUUAAAGAUUAAGGUCAGGCCUAAAUUUUUAAAAUAUGCCCUAAGGUAAUAAUCUUAGCCUAAAGAAUUUAAAAUUAGUUUUAAAAAAAAUCAAAAAACUAGGCUUAAAGGGCUAAAAAUAGGCCUAAAGAACCAAAAAAUAGACUUAUAUUAUUAUAAAUUAGCCCUAAAGUCCAUAUAUAUUUGAUUUCUAUACCAACAAAUCUUUUACCCCCAAAAACCUCAAAAAUCGCUGUGAUCUACCCUCAAAAUCAACCCCACUCUUAACAUUUAAUAUAACAUUUCCAGGUAACCCAACACAACGACUACACCGGCAUCAUCUUCCUCUGCAACAAACUCAACCCCGAGACCGUCUUCAACGACUCGAAACUCAUCUUCCCCCACAACGUCCUCCUCUCCCUCGUCCAACACCUGGGCCAACGCUUCGAAGAGGACACCGAACUCAAGCUCAACUACCUCGAGAAUAUUGCCCUCAGCCUGGAACGCAAUCCAAUCGCCCACUUUGACACGUUCAAACUGACAUUGGAACAGUGCAGUGCCGACUUGUUGGAGUUUGUCUCAAAAGAAAAGUACCAAAAGUACAAACGACAAGGACGGGUGAUAAGCCAGCUCAUUGUUUACGCAAUGAAGAAGUAA